AAUUUUCUAAUCCGUCAUCCAUUGUACCAAUUGUCUAUAAAAAUUAAUGUGCGAGUGAAGCUCUGCCUUCACAGGAGGGCUAUCAAAUUCCAAAUCACAGUUCAUGAAAGAGUUCAAACAAAGAAAUGAAUGACUCUGAAGAUUUCAAGGAGGGCCAGAGUAGGAGCAAAGACCAAAUAGAUGGCACAAGGAUGAGCCUGGACAACAGGAAGGGGGUGAGGGUGACGGGGAAACCUGUGCCCCCGGUGGACUGGGGCAGCAGAAGAGGCGGUCCAUCCAUCGUGCACUCACCCACCAGCACCCAUGUACCUCCAGACACCCCCACUGUGAUCUCCAUCGGCCCCUUGCCUCGAAGAGAGCGAGUUGAAGAUCCAAAGAAGGACGAACCAUCUGGCGGGGAGGACUGGACCACAGAGGCGUCCUCUCAAACUAGAGUGUCCUACGGUGAGACAGGUGUCCCCCGGCAGACCUUGGAGGAGCUGAAGACCAUCCUGAGGGAAAGUCCGCUGCUCAGCAUCCGGGGAAGAGAUGAAGGCAAGCCGGGGAGUCCUUAUACGUACCUUCAUGGGAGCAGCAGCAGCAGUGGUGGUGGUGGAAGGCCCGACGGACGGCAGGACGAUGGAACCCACAGGACGUUCAGCACCUUCAAACCCCAGUCUGACGCUUCCAGAAGGGGGCCCAGGUCCAGAGAGAGCACAUCUAUUCAGCAGCCUUCCGGCGUGGAUUCAUCCAGCUCACUCAGGGCUGAUGCCAACACAAAUAGGCAGCCUGGAGUUAGGGGUCACACAUAUGCAAGCGGUGGCUCCUGGGGAGAGACCGGAGCUCCAAAUACAGAUAUUUCAAAGUCUUUCCCGUUAAACGCAAACGAGACAGAGGAGUUCUUUGGGAAUCAGAGAUUCAUCACAGCCAUGGAACAAAUCAAGCAGCAGAUCGCCAGAGAAAACAUCAACUUUGUCCGAUUCGAGGCAACCGACCUGCACGGGGUGUCCCGGUCCAAGACAGUGCCAGUUCGCUUCUUCCACGAGAAAGCGGUAUACGGAGUGCCGAUGCCCAGAAGCUACUUGGAGCUCACCCUGAGCCCCAAAAGCAACGAGGUGGACAACGCCAGCACCGCCAACUUCAGCAGUGACGUCCUCCUGAUUCCCGAUCUGUCAACCUUCAGGGUCCUCCCCUGGGCUGAGCAGACGGCCCGGGUCAUCUGCGACCCCUGCACGGUCACGGGAAGCCCCCUUCGCACUUCACCUCGCCUCAUCGCCAAGCAGCUUCUCGGCCAGCUGCAAAGCCUCGGAUUCUCCCUGCACUCGUCCUUCACCUACGAGUGCUGCGUCCUGGGGGCGCCGGACCGCAUCGGACCAAAGACACUCAUGUUCCCGGCCACCACGCUGCUCAGCAACCACGACCUGCCUUUCUUCCAGCAGCUGGUGGACAACAUGUACUGCAUGGGUGCAGACAUCGACAGCAUCGCGUCUGCAAGUGGCCCCGGCCAGAUGGAGAUCAACCUGAGGCCGGAGUUUGGGAUUUCCGCUGCAGAUAGCGCCUUCACUUUCCGCACUGGCAUCAAAGAGAUGGCUCGUAAGCACAGCUACAUCGCCAGCUUCUUCACCGACGACGGCCUGUAUAACGCCGGGGUGCUCUCUCACAGCUUGUGGGAUGCUAAUGGGCGACGCAGCCUGUUCCUCAGCGGGGAAAAGACAGGCGAGUUGUCUGAUAUCGGCAGGAAAUGGCUGUCUGGGCUGCUCACACACUCGGCUGCCCUGAGCUGCCUGAUGUCGCCCGGCCUCGGCUGCCGGAGCCACAUCGCCAAGACAAUCAAGGACCCCAAACGAAUGCUGUACGCCACCUACGGCUGCAACGACAACAGCAGCUCCUUCAACAUCAAGUGUCACGGCGGCAGGGAGACGCACAUCGACAACAAGCUGGGCUCAGCCAUGGCCAACCCUUACAUUGUGCUGGCUGCCACUCUGGCCGCUGGAUUGGACGGCAUCAAGCGAAACCUGAACUUCGACAGCAGCCUGAACAAAUCCCCCAGUCAGCAGAAAGAAUUUGCUGUUCCUGUGAAGCUCGACGAUGCUCUGGAGGUGUUGGGCGAGGACCACGUCAUCUGCAGCACCCUCGGAGAGCCGUUUGUUCAGUAUUUCAUCGCCAUGAAAAAGUUCGAGAUUGAGACCCAAGAACUGGACGAUGAGAGGAACAAGUGUCUGGAGUAUUUCAUCUAGAAACCCUCACAGUUUUACAAUAUCUGGGGCUGGGUAUCAAUACUCGAUACAAGAGGUGUGAAUCAGCGUAUCGGCCCAACGAUACGAUUUUAUCCUGAUACUUGAGUCACGAUACAAUAUUAUUGCGAUUUUAAGCACUUUGCAAUAUGGUGAGUACUGCGAAACAGUAUAUUGCAAUUUAACUGUUUAACUGCAUUUUAUGUCCAAAUAAUUAAAUUAAAUCAAGAAUUG